CACCAUAGCCACCGUGGUUGCGAUUCUGAUCGUGAAAAGCAUCCUUCUCGGACUGCCCUUUCAAAGUUACUCGCUGGAUCAAUGGCGAAUUUACUCUGAUGCAGAUAGUUUGGUUGCACUUGGCCUUCCAUAGCUGUGAAUGUUGGUGCCGGUCAUCGAUAAUGGCCGUUGCCGAGACGCUGUGGCCGCCUUCGCUGGAUGAGGGACUCUAACGUCGCGACAGAAGAAUGCAACCAUGCUCCAAGCAUGGCUGGCUCGCAUUGAGUUUCCGAAUGUUAGAGUUCGAGUAUGAUCCUGAAGGGCGGGGUUCAUUAUCUGUAGCACACCGUGGUAAUUUCCACAUUCACAGUAUAUCUGACUGGAUGUUGUUCGAUCUCUCACGUACAAUUGUGCGCACGAAUCCUGUGGAUUGGUCGAGGUUCCCAUGCUCGUUAAUCUUCGACAGUAGCUCUGACGCGCCCGUGGUAGAAAGCGUCACUGGUCCCACUGUGGAGAUGAAAUGACUGAAGUCCAUCCGUGAGCAGUACCCGCGGCACGCUUGGUCCUCGCAACGGGCACUCCGCACAUGGGACUAUGUAAGUACCGCAGAUUGACUAGCAGUUUUGCAUUUGUCUCGAAUCCCAAUCGUAGCCACAGCUGGAGCGCUUCCCUGGGCCUUUACGGUCGAAGUGUCGGAUACGACGUCGCGCUUUAUCAAUCGCCUUGGAAAAGCUGGCAGCGGUUGCACGUUGGCGCUGUCAGGAACCAGUUGUCGGAGUAGUUUCUAGCAGCAUGGAGCUUACCUGCAGAUAAUGACUCUGUUUAUUGUGUCAGUGCAGUCUUCAAGUGCUAGUUCUUUGUUGAAUGUUGAAUCCGGCCGUACUCCCGGGAUCCUUUGCAACCUGACAAAAACUCUGAACCUGGAGGGCAUGCAUUCGUCGUUUCAUGUUUCCGAACUGAUCACGGAAAUGGUCGUGAGCUUUUGUUUCUAAUUUUGUAGCAACUUCUUCAAUUCCAGUAGCCUCUGGAGAAUUGUCGUUUUUAGCAGGAUGAUCAUUGCAAGCCAGUAGUCGAAAAAAAGUGGGAGCCGCGAUGUGGCCUUGUUGGAGGUGAAGAAGAGAGUUUCAUUUUUGCUGAGCAUCAGCGUAGGCAGCUACUUAAGGAUAGAACAUUGACGGAUAUAGAGGUGUGCCUUUAAGAUGGGGAUGGGAGGAGAUAUGGUAUGAUCGUAGGGUCUUCGAGUUUUAGUUUCAAUGUUCUGGCGUCGAAAAAAUGCUGGGGGCAGGUUUAGAUUCAUUUUGAUGUUCAGGGCUUUCAUAGCUGCCUUAGAAUGUGUAGUCGGCUAAUCGUUUUGCGUCGUGUGCGCUUUUCUCUUUGAGUUGAUCGCCUUUGAGUUAACCUCGUUCAUGUACAUCCAAAUUUUCAAUGGUCAUCAUCUCGAACUGGACGUUGGCUUCGUGAUUAAGAGGAGCAAGUGGCGAUGUGGGAGUGCAAGAGACAUCCCUCGGAAUCCCAACCUGGUGGUGGAGUCUGUGCCAGCUGCUUAGAGGAGAGACUCGUAUGUUUAUGGAGAGGUGAUAGCUUUAGUCUUGGGGACAAAUCCCUGGCGCCAUCAAUUGCCGCCUCAGGGUCUCUGCAGUCUGAAUCACAGAAGAGUGAUGCUCAGCAAUUUACUUCAAUAAGGACUGGGGGUUCUUCGGGCAGUGUGAGGAAAGAUCUUCAAGCAAAUGAAGAGGAGAAAUUUAGCGAGAUUUUGUCACAGGUUUCAAAAGACAUCAUAAACGACAUGCAGAAAGAUGUUGGAGCUUUGAGUCAAUCAAUAGUGAUGCCUUUAAACGUCGACACUAUGGAUGGUGGUAAAAGCGAGGUGGCUCUCAAAAAUGUGGGAGCCCCUAAUCUGCAUAAGCAGAAUUCCUCGAUAGACUCCGUCAUGGUAGAAUGGACAGCGUUUCACGCAAGACGACGCAGGAAUUUGAGUUUGGAGUUCGAUUCUCUGAAGGCCAUGAGUAGGAGCUUCGACUCCGCAGAGCCCAAGCCUUCCGUUGAAGUAAUCAUGGCCAGCGAGAAUGUGCGUCGCAUGCCAAUCGAAUCUAACCCUCGAGUAACUAUCUUGAAGGAGCAAAAAAUGCGGUCCCGGUCGAUGCCGCUAGAGAACAGGAGCGCCGAAGAAACAGCUCUUCGUGUAAUCCGAGAAUGUCAGGCUGACAACCUCUACUCCGACGACCGUGACUAUUUCGCUAUUAUCGAAGCCGUGCAAGACCGCGAUGGCGAUGGUUGUGGCGGCAUGGGGAGCUUACAGAGCAAUAUGGCAGAACAGGGCUGCUUCAGCCCAAAGUGGCAAAAUAGUCCUAAAUGGGUGCAGGUGCUUGCAAGUCCAAUAACUUCGAGAAAUCGAGUGUUCCCGACCCGAUCCAAGGAAGAUAUUCGCAAAGGAAAGAGCUCCAGGAAACGGCUUACGCGAUUUGCUUCUUCCGAUUGGAGUCACAAAGACGCUAAUGGUGCGGAAGUGUCGCCGCACUGGCUGAAUGAAGCUAAGACCAGCCCUAGGACCACCAGACGCAGAUCUCCAUUCUCAUGGCUACAGGAUACAGACAAGUCACGACUCAAGAAGCAGAAUGAAUCGGAUCAGCUCUCAUUGUCGUUUUCAUCAUUUGCAAUAACUCAAUUGGGAAGAACGGAUUCGUGGGUUAAGGAUCUAGCCACGGUGGGGCACUUGCACGGGAUUGCCGAAGAGCAUGAGGUCGUUAGUGAAGAGGAGGAAGUGGACAAUUUGGAAGACAUCAACUCCUUUGGAAAAUUUCUUCUGAUUGCUGCCAAGAGAGAACCCAAGGCAGGUCUCACGCGGGUUUCAAGUGCAGUCUUCUAAUCCUCAAAUGGCACUACUAACCUUUGCACCAUUAAUCCUUGCCCCUUGUCGAAUACUUAAUGGGUCAUGGGGUGAACUGAAGCCCCUAAGUUGUAGAAUACUGUGAAAAGAGCAUCAAUUAGACACGUCAAUUUAAUUGUCAAUACCUUGAGAGCUACCAUGCUCUUUGGGCUGCCAUGGGCGCAGAUGAAGAUCUGGCACCCAUUCGAUAGAGUUGUAUUUGAUACUAAUAUUUGCGAAUGAAUACAUCGUGGUGCUUUGAAGAUA